CAGAGCUCUGCCUAACUCUGUGCCUAGCUCUGGGCCUGGCUUCGUGCUCGCAGUUUUAUCCACAGGCAGCUAGAAAUAGGUGAUCGGUGUGAUGAAGACGGCUUUCGAUCCAGUCACUCUCGAGAGACUUACUGUAUCCAGCAUGCUGCAGGGUCACAGCUCCGUGUUCCAGGCCUUGCUGGGGACCUUCUUCACCUGGGGGAUGACGGCAGCUGGGGCGGCUCUGGUGUUCAUAUUCUCUAGUGGACAGAGGCGGAUCUUAGACGGGAGCCUCGGCUUUGCUGCGGGGGUCAUGUUAGCGGCUUCCUACUGGUCUCUCCUGGCCCCAGCGGUGGAGAUGGCCACGUCCUCUGGGGGCUUUGGGGCCUUCGCCUUCUUCCCCGUGGCCGUGGGCUUCACGCUCGGAGCUGCCUUCGUCUUCCUGGCCGACCUCCUGAUGCCGCGCCUGGAUCAGUACCAACUCCUCGGAUCUUGUUUGGUGGAACCCCAAAAGUCCUCUACCCCAGAAGUCUUUCGUCUUCCUACGUAUCCAGCCUGGCCUGAAAGCCAGGGUGCAGCAGAAGACCCUCAGACGGCGCUGGCACUGAACUUCGACCCUGCGCUGGUGAAGAAGAAGUCUGAUCCCGCGAGCCCCACGCUCCUCUUCCCUGAGAGUGAACUUUCCAUCCGGAUAGGUAGCGCGGGGCUUCUUCCAGACAAGAGCGAGAACGGCGAGGCCUACCAGAGGAAGAAGGCGGUGGCCGCUGACCUCCCGGAGGGCCCGGCCCCUCUGGCGCCGUCGCGAGGGAGCGGGGCGCCGCCCGGAGGCAGCAGCUGGAGGAGGAUCGCGCUGCUCAUCCUGGCCAUCACCAUCCACAACGUUCCAGAGGGUCUUGCUGUUGGAGUUGGAUUUGGGGCUGUAGAAAAGACAGCAUCUGCCACCUUUGAGAGCGCCAGGAAUUUGGCCAUUGGAAUUGGAAUCCAGAACUUUCCGGAGGGCCUGGCCGUCAGCCUCCCCUUGCGAGGGGCGGGCUUCUCCACCUGGAGAGCCUUCUGGUACGGGCAGCUGAGUGGCAUGGUGGAGCCACUGGCCGGGGUCUUGGGCGCCUUUGCGGUGGUGCUGGCCGAGCCCCUCCUGCCCUACGCUCUGGCCUUUGCUGCUGGUGCCAUGGUCUACGUGGUCAUGGACGACAUCAUCCCGGAAGCCCAGAUCAGUGGCAAUGGGAAGCUGGCAUCCUGGGCCUCCAUCCUGGGAUUUGUGGUGAUGAUGUCAUUGGACGUGGGCCUGGGCUAGCUCUGAGUCGCGAAGGACCCCAAGGAAAGGCAUCAUCAGACCUCGAUAGGACCAAGAGCCUCUUUCUCCACAUUAAACCAUUGCUCCUUUCUCUCCUCUUCAUCUCACUCUCCGGAUCGGCUCUGAUUGUAAUAGAACUAUCUUUACUUUGCUUUUGAGGGAGAUAUUGGUUUUCUUUGGAAUCUCAAAGUGUCAUGGAACCAUAGAAUCUUGUCUUGGCCACUGAAUGGAAUCUUUCCUCAGUGGGAUUGUCAAGGACAUAUGGAUCAGGGAAAUCUCUGCUUUCCUUCACCCAGUCUCCCUCGCUCGACUCAACCAACCUCAGCUCCUCAAGGUUACCCGCAGAAGCCAGGAGAAGUCUCCUAAGAAGUUUGGCCUCCAGUCUCGGAGCAGAUUAGCUACACCCCUCCUGCUCCUUGGCUGUGGGUCCCCUACACAUCUGGAACACUUGAACGAGAGCAUUGUGAACACAGCGAUUCUGGUCUCCCAGGCUGAGCUGGCCCAGAAAGGAGGCGUCCCCCUCCGUCCACCUCCCCAGAGAGUCCUGUAGGGGAGAGAGACAGUCCGAGGGAGGAAGUCGGAUAGUCUUCUUUUUUCUUUUCUUUUAAUUUAAGGCUAAAAUUGGCAUUUUUGAAGUUAAGGGAAUUCAGGAAUGAGGACCACUGUGAGCCCUGUGAAGAGAAGAGAGUGGAUUCCAAGAGCAGAGUGUUUUUCCAUGGUUCCCAAAUCUAGUAGGCAUUAAUUUGAUAAGUCUAUGAGCUUCAGUUUUCUAAGAGACUUGGGGAUACCAGCAAGCUGCUAGAACCCCAACCCUUCCUCUACUCAUGAAGGGAGCCACUCAAGAGGGACAUUUGGGACCUGCAGCGGGUCCUUGCCCACAGGCUAUUUGGUAACGAACAACCCAACUGAGAACCCUAGAACCACCGCUAGCUUGGUCUGAGUCUGGCUUAGGAUGGGAAAGGAAGAGGGUCAGGAAAAGAACAGUGUCGCCAAGUUAUCGUUCGGAAAUAACCACGAAGGACGGCAGGACCUGCGUCCAGAAGGUGCGCAGCCCAGGAGCCGGUGUGCAGGCACUGUUCUCUCAGCGCCUGAUCUCUGAGUUUACAUGUUCUGUUGUUUCCAAGGGCAAAUGUCCUGCUCCGUGAAUGCUCCAAGACCCCAAAGGCCACCCUUGGGCUGGGUCUGUGUGUGUUCUUCCAAAGCACUGAUGAUCAAAGCUGAAGGCACAUUCAGAGAUUUGACUGGUUGGGAUUAGUUGGUUUGGUGGUUGGUGUAUGCGUGUUUUAUUUCUAUGUCUUUGGAUAUAGUUCUGCAUAAUUCAGAUUUUUCUUUCUGCCAGAUGAGACCUCGUAACUGUGAUUACUAUCAAUAAAGGGAAUGUUGUUGUGGA